CGCUUAGAAACGAUGUGUCCCUGGGAAGAGGCCCGAGCAUAACAAUGGCCUCCGCCGUCUCCACCGCCGCCUUCCCAUGCCCUAACCCUACCCUCUUCCUCCGCCACCGGCCCUUUCCACCGCCUUCUCUGCUCCGCCUCCCCCACCGCUCUCCGCGCCCCGGAGACCUCCGUCUCCGCGCUCGCGCCACCGUCACCCCCCGUUCGCCCUCGUCCCUCCUAUCCGACUCCACUCGGACACUCGCAUCCCUCCUCGCCCUCGCCCUCUCCGCCUCCAAGGCCGUCCUCUCCGGCGUCCGUCGCCUCGCCGAGCGCGCCGCCGUGGCGGCCGCUCCCUCCCCGGACGAGCUCGCCGAGCUCCGCUCCAUCCAAGGCAACCUGGCCUGGGCGGCCGGGCCCCUCUUCUUCGCCGCGCGCCGGAUGAAGCGGCCGUCGGGAUACCUCAACACCCCGCUCACCGUAGUCGCGGCGGGGAUGGCGAAAUGGUUGGACAUCUACAGCGGAGUGUUGAUGGCUUCCAACCAGAUCAAGACGGCCGCGCAUGCCCGAGGGGGCGUCCCCAAAUGUCCAUGCGACAACGAGUCUCGUUGGGCCAUGGAACCUGCAGACAAAAUCACUGGCAUCAGCAUUGGCGCUGCUUCAUGCGUAAACUCCAUUAAGAUAACCUUCGACAACGACGGAACCACUCGCGUAACUCCCAGAUAUGGAGGUCCCGGCGGUGAACUAUUCCAGUUUAGUCUCAUGCAAGAUGAAUACCUCACCUCCGUUUCUGGGUAUGUCAAACACGAUUGUUCUGAAUUUCCAUGUGUAUCUCAACUCACGUUUACCACCAAUCUUGGAAAGACAUACGGUCCAUAUGGAGGUGGGGGUGGAACCUUUUUCGAAGUCAAUGUAGAAUAUGACGAGAUUAAGGGCUUCUUUGGUCAUGCAACUGCAGAGUAUCUCACUGCAUUUGGAGUCUACGUGAUGCUGGCUUAGUCAACCCUUGUGUGUCAUGAUGAAUAAGGAUGCCACUGUCAGUUAUUGGCAUUUAUGUUUGAAUUGGGUGUCAGCUUAAGGAGUUUGAAAUAAAGUCUAUCUUAUUAAUACUA